UACCAACCGGAUUUACCAUGAUAGCUUCAUUUCUGAAGAAAGCCACAGUUCCUCUUUGUCAACAUGGCAGGAGUUUCGUACAGUCUUUAACCAGUUGCAGAAAGCUUCACCAACUGCCUGUGGUUAAUUUGGCAAAUGCUCCAUCAAUAACAGAAACAGCAGACAGAGGAAAGCCUAUAGAUGUCUUCACAAGACUGAUGAGGGAUAGGAUCAUUUGUCUGAUGGGAACUGUAACAGAUGAUGUAGCAGAAAAGGUGAUGGCUCAGCUAUUAUGUUUACACUUUGAAGAUCCAGAAAAAUUGAUCCGAGUGUUCAUCAACAGUCCAGGUGGAAAAGUAUCUGCGGGUCUGGCUAUCUAUGAUACCAUGCAGUACAUCAACAACCCUAUUGCAACACUGUGUAUAGGUGAGGCCUGCAGCAUGGGUUCCCUCCUUCUUACUGCAGGUACCACAGGCAUGAGAUAUGCUUCACCGAACUCCACUAUUAUGGUCCAUCAACCUCUUACCACUGGUUUACAGGGUUAUGUCACAGACCUUAAAAUAAAAGCUGCCAAUAUGAAGAAAACAAAGGAGCUGAUUCAGGAGCUGUAUGUUAAACACACAGGCCUAACACCCCUGGUUAUAGAGAAAGCAUUGGACAGGGAUAACUACAUGACUCCACUUGAAGCCAAAGAAUUCGGUUUGAUUGAUGAAAUUUUAUGAAAAUAUGUUAUUUAUUAAAUGUUAGUUUGUAUAUUUUAAA